AUGUCCCAAACGUUUGGGCUCCCAAACGUCGUCGGACCCUUCUGUCCUUUCUGCCCCUUUCUGCCCCUCCUGCCCCUCUUGCACUUUCUGCACGUUCUGCCCUUUCUGUCCUUCUGCCGUUUCUGCCGCUCCUGCCCUUUUUGCCCCUUCUGCCCUUUCUGCCCCUUCUGCCCUUUCUGCCCCUUCUGCCCUUUCUGCCCCUCCUGCCCCUUCUGCCCUUUCUGCCCCUUCUGCCCUUUUUGCACCUUCUGCCCUUCUGCCCUUUCUACCCUUUCUGCCCCUUCUGCUCUAUCUGCCCUUUCUGCCCCUUCUGCCCCUUCUGCCCUUUCUGACCCUCUACUUCCCUUUCUGUCCUUUUUGCUCCUUUUGCCCUUUCUGCCCUUUCUACCAGCUCUGCACAAAUGCACUGGGAUCAAACGUCCCACCAGCAAGGUUUUGACCCAUUGGAAGGCAGCGUUCGUCCGGUCAGAGGAUGUGCUGCAUGUGCGCUCAAGAGGUUAG